UCUCGAGCGCAGCGACUGAGGCCAGGAAGACCGAACUGACCAACAACCAACGAAACCCGCGCUCGCUUUUCUGCCUAUCAACAAAAAGACGAACGCUAACGGCAAAACGAACAACAAUUUCACCAAUUGUGAAAAGCUUAGUGUGUACGAAAUAUAACGAAACAAUAUUCGAAGUUCUUUUAAGCCGGGUUACGUGCCUGUCAUUUUGUAAAUUAUUAUUGACUAUAGCGCCAACUUCGACGUCAUCGCACUGUGCAAUUAUUAAAGUGAAAACAACAAUAGCAGCAGCGUCAAAUACACCAACAAGAAUAAAAACAGCAGCUAUAAUUAUUUGAACGCAUACGUGUAUAAAAUAUAUAAAACAAUACAAGUCAAGAGCGUGCCAUAAUUAACACAAGAGCAAUAGAAACGAAGCAUCAGCAUAAGGAGCAAAACCUGGGUAGUCGAAUAACAAUAAAAAUAACAACAACAAUAAAAAUUAUCAAAAGCCAAAACAAAAUCAAUAAACGGGAAUGUGCGAAAAUUGCUAAGCAAAAAACUUCAGCAGCAUCACCAGUCAGCAAAAUCAGCAACACCAAUUACGAUAGCAGCCAUUAAAAUUGCCAACAUGAUUGACGCCACCUGCAAUUAUUUGAAUCCCUAUACACUGUCUCAAUCAACAGCCGUACAGCAGCAACAGCAGCAGCAUCUGCAAAUACAACAACAACAGGAGCAACAGCAACCAGGUCAUGAUUUCAUUAGCACCACAUUGCUCUCCGCCUCCACGCUCACGUCCAACCGUGACUCUAAUGGCUCCUCCCCGUUGGUCUUCUACGGCAAACAAGCAAAUGCAUCACCAACAGUUUCCGCAUCCACCUCACAUCAAGUGGUGCCGCCAAUGAAAUUGGAAAUGCAAUAUCCGCCGCAGGCAUCAUCCACUGGCAGUGCAUCGGCCAACUCCAGUAUAUCACAGUCAGCAGCUUCCUCGGCAUCGGUGUCACCUAGCAUUUUCCCAUCUCCGGCGCAGUCUUUUGCUUCUAUAUCCACAAGUCCGCCGGCCGCAGGUGGCUCCUCGUCGGCCACAGCUGCAGCAGUGGCAGCUGUAGCUGCGGUUGAUUUGGGUGCCGCAGCGGUGGCAAGCGCCACCUACAGCUGGAAUACGGCUGCAUACACAGCGCUGCCAACAAGAACUCAAUUUCCGUAUGCGCAAUACGCAACUUAUGGAAAUGUGGCAACGGUAGGAGUUGCAGCGUCGGCAUCUGCCGCCUGGUUCUCACACCAAGAGCGGUUGUACCAGCCGUGGUCUUCACAAGGCUACCCAAGCUUUAAUUUUGACGAUAUCGCUUUUCAGACUCAGCUUCAGCGCCGCUCCGUACGUUGCACUUGUCCCAACUGCACCAAUGAAAUGAGCGGGCUGCCACCCAUAGUCGGUCCCGACGAGCGCGGACGCAAGCAACACAUAUGCCACAUUCCAGGCUGUGAGCGCCUUUAUGGCAAGGCUUCACACCUUAAGACCCACCUGCGUUGGCACACUGGCGAGCGACCGUUCCUAUGCCUCACGUGCGGUAAGCGUUUUUCGCGUUCCGAUGAGUUGCAACGUCAUGGACGCACCCACACCAACUAUCGGCCAUAUGCAUGUCCAAUUUGCUCCAAGAAGUUCUCUCGCAGUGAUCAUCUUAGUAAGCACAAGAAAACCCACUUCAAGGACAAGAAAACGAAAAAAGCCCUAACCGCCGAAGCCAAGGAGCAGUCUGCGGCCAUCAAGCAGGAGAAGUCCGAAAAGGCUUUUAACAAUAAAAAGGGGAUUAAGAGCAAAGCUACGACAGUAACGAUGCUCGGUAACAAUAUGCAAUUCAAACAGGAGCAGCCAGAGGCAACAAACACAGUGGGUUAUGCACCUUAUGCGAAUCUCAAUCAGCAAACAGCGAAGACAGCGGCAACGGCCGUGGUAGUAACGACUCUACCGCCACCACCGCCUCUAUUUCAGUCACAGCAGCAGAGUGAACCCUCGGCAGUCUCCAACAGUAGCAGUAGCACCAGCAGCUAUGAACCCUGGUGCACCAGCAGCAGCAACAACAGCAAUAUCCACAGCAAUAGUCGUGUCAUGGAACAAAACCAAACUACCUCAGCGAAUGCUAGACCCACAUCGGAAGGCUCAGCAAUGAUUUCCAGUAGCAUCAGCAGCAGCCAGACCCAACACUUUACAGCGCUCUCCAUGCAGAGUGAGUCGCAGCUGGCGUCGGAAUAUGGGCUAACCAUGUCCGGGCUGGCAAGUGGCGCCUGUGAUAAUAGUAGCAGCAACUGUAAUAAUUUAAGUAGUGGAUACUCUGGCCUUGUUGGUCCUAUGAAGACUGAUUAUACCGGAAACUAUCCGGCUGAAUUUUCUAGUGGCUCUGGUUAUGGUUAUGCACAUCAUCACGUCGCUCACGCCCAUGCGCACGCUCACAACCAUCACCAUCAUUACCACAAUGCGUGGACUGCCGCUUAUCAUCCACAUGCAGCGGCCUAGACUUAGCAUUAGUGCGGAUUAGUACCUAAAUAAAUCCUUGUUGCUGUUGGAUAAUUAUGAAAAAUUCAAAUCUGCAGGUUAUUAUUU